AUGUAUAUGCAGGAGCCACUUGCACUUGCACUUGCACUUGCACUUGCACUUGCGCUUGCGCCAGAGCUUUGCUACUUCGUAUGUCUUUCCAAGAAUUGCACUUUGGACGGUGCUGUAGGUACGGAGAUACUCCGUCCUCGAAUGCUCGUUCUUGCUUGCUGGCAUCGCCUCCAAUCCUCGACUUGCCUUCAAUAUCAAAAUCUCGUCUUGACUCUUGCUGGCAGGCCUGGCCCUAGUCUGAGUUUCGACCGUCACACAUCUACUCCGUACCGGACUUUCUCCGCCGCCAGCCAGCCAGCACUCACCGCACCGCAAAUGUUGGGUGCUUUUUCCGUUCAGCAAGUCUACGCGCUACUGCCCUUUCCAGCACAAGUCCGCAUGCGCCACGCAUCGUCCCUGUUCAAUGAGUCGUGGUCCAUCCAUUGA